CACAGUGGGGGGGCGCGGGGGCAGCAUGGAGGGCUCGGUGUCGGACGUGGCCGUGUGUAACCUGGCGUUCGCGGGSCGCCUCGAGGAGCUGCGGGCGCUGCUGCUCCGCGACAGGAGCCAGGCCACGCGGGCCGACCAGGAUCACCGCACCGCGCUGCACUGGGCCUGCUCGGCGGGACACACGGAUGUCGCAGACCUCCUGCUCGGGCUCGGCGUGCCUGUGAACGAUAAGGACGAUGCUGGCUGGACUCCCUUACACAUUGCUGCUUCUGCAGGCCGUGAUGAAAUUGUGAAAGCCCUCAUUGCUAAGGGUGCUCAUGUAAACGCUGUCAAUCAGAAUGGCUGCACGCCCCUGCAUUAUGCAGCCUCCAAAAAUAAGCAGGAGAUUGCGAUCAUGCUUUUGGAGAAUGGAGCAAAUCCAGAUGCAACAGAUCACUUUGAAUCCACCCCGUUACACAGAGCAGCAGCCAAAGGAAACCUAAAAAUGGUACAGAUCCUUGUGCAGCACAAUGCAGCUCUGGAUAUACGGGACUCUGAAGGGAAUACUCCUCUUCAUUUAGCCUGCGAUGAAGAGAGAGUGGAGGAGGCAAAGCUGCUGGUGUCUCACGGUGCAAGUAUUCACAUUGAGAAUAAAGAAGAGCUGACCCCACUGAAAGUGGCAAAGGGUGGCCUGGGAGCCAUCCUUAAAAGAAUGGUGGAAGGCUAGAGGGGGUUCCCACUGGAGCCUCUCUCCUGUUGCACUUAAAUCUAUUUAAGACUGCAAACUUCAUAUUUGGAUAGUUCAACUAGGGUGUCGUGUGUGGGUAUUAGCAUGGUAAUAAAAUGUUUUUUUUGAAGCUGUCCUUCAAGUGCAGUGCCAAAACAACUCUUUGUACUCCUGUUAAUUAAAUAGUUCACUGAUUUUAAAGUAUUUUUCAAUAUCAUGCAUUUUUCUUUCAAUUUACAGUGUGAUGUGUAUAAAUGUUGUAUUCCUUCUAUUUCAGAUCCCAGUGUAGAAUUACUUCUUCCAAGAAACAGGACCAAAAAUGUUUUAACCAUUUAAAGCCAAUUUUUAUUUUAUUCUAGAGUGUUUAUUUUUUCCCUUAGCCUUUGUGUUUUGUGUGUGUGGUUUUGUUUGGGUUUUGUGUCUUUCUUCAGAUGAUUCUAAACUACACUGUAUCUUCCUGUGUAGAGUGCAGUUUGAUGAGUUCCUUAGAUUAUUGUAUCAAUUUCUGCUAUUCUUGGUGUAUUAAGUGAGAUCUAAGUAUUUAAAGCUUUUCUGUUGUUACUGACUGUUUUCCUGUUUUUCUCUGAGUCUUUAAAUAUAUGUAUUUGAUGAAGUGCACAGCUUCAGGGUUACCUCUGCAAAUACACUGUUUUAUAAUGGAUGGCUCUGGAUACUUCUGUGGGAUGUACUUAAAAUUUAACGUUUCUUCCUCUUGCUCCUUUUAUAGGUUCCUUUUUUUCUGUUCUCUUGACUCCCAUAUGCAGCACUGACACUUCUAGUUUACCAUCUCAUUUUCUAACAGAAGCCUGGUUUAAUUUUUAUUUACUGACAGCAAAUCCUGAUAUUAAGUUAUUACAAUAGCUGAGCUAUUWAGGCAGAGUCUGAAAAAUGACCUCCUGUCCUUUUGUUGGUAAGAUCAUUUUUGACACCAGUGGAKAGAUUUCCCCUUGAAUAUAGGAUACUGAUGAAAUUCUGUGAAAUAAAGAACUUUCCUAAACAACAGUCUUUGGUAUUACAAAACUUUAUUAAACUUACAYGUAACAAACCCAGUAUUUUCUAAAUAGCUUGUAUACUUGGGAUGUGAACAGCAAGUGGGAUGAAACCCUGCCGUCCCUUACACGACAUGGAAAUGCAACAUGUUUGAUCUUCAGCCUCAAGGAAAGGGGGAAAUGCAAGCUGACAGUUUCUACAGUUUGACUUGUAGGGAUUAAGGUCAUGCAAUUUAUUUUGAUAAGCAAGGCAGAAACUUAGAACCAAACGAAUACCUUCACCAAGGACUUUAAAUGUAUCYUAGAACACAAAAUGCAGGUUAAAUUUCACUGAGGGGACUCAUUAAGAGCAGAAGGGAUAGCUUGCCUGURCAGUAAACUCUGGCCAUGCAGACCUUGAUUGAAGGAGGGACCUGAGUAAAUGUUUCUUAUGUAUUGCACAGGCACUGCURAAAAUUUGAUUUGAGAUCAGCUAAAGCUGAGAGUUCUGUGUUCAUUCUUGAUCUUUAUAUAGCAAAAACCCCUGCCACAGCUCUGYAGCUU